AUGCUUUCUUCCACUCCACCAUCAUCAUCACCGCAUCUUUCUCCAUCUUCAUUGGAUCUCUUUUCCAAUUUACCAGAAGAAGUCAUUGCUUCCAUUUGCUCCUUUUUUAUGAAAAAUUCAAAAACCAAUCUUGUAGAGAGGAAUUUAAAGAAACAAGAAAUUUCUUCAUUGAUGAGCGAUGAAGAGGCUCAAGCCAUUACCAUUGAUGAUCUUGUGGAUAUUUUUCCAUUGGCAUUUGUGAAUAGAACCAUCCGAGAGAAGAUUUUGAAUAACAAGUAUAUUUGGAAUGAAAAUAUUAUUCUUGAUUUAUCGGAAUUUGCCAAAUCAGACCGACUCUUUCGUUAUAUGAACAAAAUUAAUGAUUGGAGCAGUUGUCUUUCCGAUGAACAUUUGAUCAUGCUGGCUGAGAGAGAACGAUUGAAGAUUGCUAUUGAAUUUCUGGAAGGACUAGGAUUGGCCGAAUAUAUCAAAAAGCUCAAAGUGAGCUGCAUGUUGAAAGAUACCAAAAAUGGAGAAUCAGCAUCAUGGACAGAUUUGAUCGUGAAUACAUUUCCAGCUGUCUCAAGUUUAGUAUAUUACAGUUUUUCUGAUAAGGCCAAUCGCUACGAUCAUUUGAACGUUUCAAAGGACUCGUGUUGGAAAAAUCUCAAUCAUGUGAGCGUGUAUUUUGAUAGCGUCACACUCAUGUCACUGAUCAAAAAUCAUGACACUAUUACAUCUGUGGCCUUCUCUCCAAAAUUCUCAGACUCUAAUUUUUUGGAAACACUUUCAAAGAAUGAUUCUCUAUUGAAACACGUGAACUCACUCGAUAUUGAUUAUCGAUUUAAAUUUGAGCAAAUUUCACGCUCUCCUCUUUUACCCAGAUUGAAUUCCCUAAUGAUUGAUACAUGUGACAUUAAUGGGUCUUUCAUUGGUACAAGAUUAUGCCACCUCACCAAACUUGUCUUGAACAAUGUAAGAACCUCACUUACCCUUAAAAAUUUCACAUUUCCAAACAUGAAAGAAUUCCAUCUAUCAUACAAUUCAAUGAUGACCUUAACCAUGGACAAUGUAUUGAUGCCAUCUCUCGACCAAUUAUCCAUUCAAUCAGCAGAUAUUGUCAUGACCGCUCAUGAAAACACUGAAAAUAAGAUGACCUUUCCCAAGUUGACAUCAAUCAAAUUUGGCCAUUGUCAUUACGACCCUUCGUUUUGGUUUGGUCAGCAUCCACACCUCACCACCCUUUCACUUUCAGACACCGACAUUUAUUAUGCAGGAAUAUCUGAAGAAAGUACCCGAGAAAUUUCCAUUGAAAAUCAUUCUUCGCUGGAAAUAAUUCACGUGAGUAGCCUCAAGGCAAUUUCCAUCAUGAAUUGCCCUUCUCUGAAACGAGUGUAUAUUGAAAAAACGAACCAAAUUUCACUUCACAACAAGUAUUACAGUGUUGUGGCAAUUUCUGGAUGUACCAACACGCAUUCACAAGUAUCAAUUGUUGGUGAUUAUUGUGGAAAAUUAAUUCUUCCUGAAUCGGUUGCAUUUCUUUCUAUAGAUGUCAAAGCCAUAUCAAUUUUAAAUUGUUACUACACUACAAAUUGGUCAGAUAUAAUACCAAAAAACAGUCAUAAUAUGACACUGGAUUGGUUAUAUAUUUAUUGUACGGACAAAAAUCCUACAAAAUUGAACAAUAUUAUUUCUAGUUUCAAAAAAGUGAAUCAUUUGAAAUGUACAUUGAGUUCUUUACAUACAUAUAUCAUUGAGCAACAAAUGGUGAAUCCUCGUGAUUUUGAAACAGAAGUAUCAAAAUUGGCUUGUAAAAUAGUGACUCACUCUCAAGAAAUAGACGUAGAGAAAGUAUUGAACGAGUAUAAGCAUUUACAUACAUUGUGCUCUGGAUCGAAAUUGAAUUUUGAGAAAAAAAUUUGUAGCAGCCAAUCCUUGAAACAUCUUGAAGUGAGCGCUACCAAAUUGUCCAUUGCUGGAUUUCCAAACUUGAAAACUCUAAUAUUAGCCAAUUGUGUGGACCUUGUCAUUGAUAUGGAUCCAUUGUCACACUUUUUAGAAGAAUUAUCAAUUUCAUCAUCGACAAAUGUGAAAAUUACUUGCAACCACUCAAUGACAAAUCUCAAGUUCUUUUAUUUGGAAAAUCUGAAAAACCUCAAUAUUUCUGUGACCUUGAAUGCACCCAAACUGAGAGAAGUCAUUAUACAUUCCAUUCGAAGUAUUGAUCCCAAUCAAGAGAUUAUUUUCAAUAUUACUCAUGCUCCGAAAUUACUUUUCAAAUAUGUGACAUUUGAAUGGAAACCAAAGUACACAAAUUUACGCUCAACUGCCCAAAAUCAACCAACAACUGCAUCAAAAGCACCCCACAAUGGUUCAGGUUGUAGUGUUUUAUAA